AUGGCAAAGAAGCUUGUUGCAGUGUUUCUCAUGUGCAUUGUUGUCCUCGCAGCAGUGCAUGUGCAUGAAGUUGUAGCCGAUGAAGAAGUGUACAAAUCAUGCUAUGCACCCUGUCACCAGGAUUGCUCAUCCGAAGGCAAUGGCUAUACCUUCUGUGAAAUGAAGUGCGACGGUGACUGUGGGGCUAAAGAGCUUCAAGCAAGAGUACUGACAAAGGCAAAAAGAGGGGAGAAGACCGAAAUUGUUUUGGCAAGUAACGCCAAUAAAGGCAUUUCCAUGCCUCUGGUGGCUAGCAUCGGAGCAUGGUGCAUCUGGCUCUCCAUUGAGACAGUGAAAUUUCACCCACGGAAGUCCUUCUUCGUGGAUCUAGAAAUUGACAAGGAUGCACCAAAGCUUAUUGCAUCAAGAUCACAUGGAUCUUUAAGGGAUGCUGAGAUGGCCUUUGAACAACUGAAUUUGAUUGGGUAG